GGUAGACAUGGGGGUGGUGUUAUUGGGAGUGGGAUGCUCGGCGUCGGUGGCAUUCGUGGAGGUAUAGGACAGAUGGGACCGUACUACGGAGGCUACGGCAGGACAGGCGGCGUCAUGGGAGGAAUUAAUACCAAUACCGGAAGGGGCGGAGUAAUUGGCGGAGGGGUACGCGGGUUUGGAGUUGGACGAAUAAAUGGCGGUUUUGAUGAUAUGAGCAAAGGUUACAGCAAAGGGUACAGCAAGGGAUACAGCAAAGGGAACGGACCUGUAAUUAGACAACGUGUUCUUCCCCGAGUUCAGCCAAGGAUCCAGUAUCAACCACAAAUCCGCAUGCCCUCCUACAAUAGAGGAAUCGCUGGAAUGGGAAGAAUGCCAUACACCAAGGGAGUUCCAUAUCAGUCCCGCUCUCUAGGGAUCGGUGGUUUCCGUCGCCCCUCGAAGGGAAUGGGAGGAAUCGGGAUGGGAAGUUUGGGGGUCCCGAUGUAUCCCCAGAGGACCAUGACAAGGGGCAGCCUCAGUUUCGGAGCGAACAGACCUAGUUCCAAAGGCUAUUCAAAGGGCUACUAUUCCAAGGGGUACUCCAAGGGUAGAAGCUAUUAGACAUGGUUGACGAUGUCCCGCCUCAGGCGGAGCAGACGACAGGAGCAGACGACAUCCAGUGUCAUGGUGACAAUGGCGUAUAUUUCCAUUAUGACUGGUCACUUCAGGUGAUCAGGAGUUCAACGGACAGGACCUAGGUGUUGGAUUAACGACACUUUGAUUUAUGGCUUACCGACACAAAUGGGAAAUCGUGGCUGUAAAUAAGUUUCUGGAGCACAACUACACGAAACUGUGGCUAUAUUUACACCGAUACUAGACAAUACAUAUAGCAGGAUUAUCUUAUACGAAUUAUGAUGUCAGAGGAAUUAUACGUAAACAUUAAUUUUGUAUGAAAAGCUAUGUCUGGAAAAUGAAUGCAUUAUUUCUUGUAUUUACAUUAUUAUUCAAUUUUUAAGAUAUAUAUGGCAAUUUUAAUCACAUAAACACUAUUUUUAUCAAUAUACUUUGUUUGUUAUUAACAAUGUACUCCACCCAUAUGUAUAUAAACAUUGAUAUGUAUGCAUCUUAUUAAUAAAGGUUAAUUGCA